AUGGAAAUGAUUGGUACAACAAUAUGUCAAAUUCUUACCGAAAAUUUAACAGGCACUUAUCGACAACGCUGGCAGUUGGAAGUCGAAAGGCAGUUGAAGGAUCAAAAUGCUGGUAUCCCAAUGGAUUUUGGUGUAGAGCAAUGGAGCGAAAACUGGAAGAAAACAGUCGCUCUUCCAACAACACCAGGUUUUUACUGUCUUGAGGAGAUUCAUAUAUUUGCCUUAGCUAAUAUCCUACGAAGACCAAUUCUGGUAAUAUGUACCAAUUUUAAUCGUGGUGACUAUAAUGAACCAAUUGCUGGUGUAAACCUUGGUGGCAUAUACUUACCAUUGUUGUCAGACUCCGUGGAUUGUAUCAAAAUUCCUCUUUUGAUUCGCUAUCACCAUGGACACUUUACAGAACUUGUGCUGACAGAAAAUAAUGAAGGACACAAGUUCUCCGUUGUUUGUUACGAGAGGAAAGGAAUUUCUCAGAUCGAUUACUGCGGGAAUACUUGA